AUGUCGGAAAAGGCGUCAGAAGGACAAGUGUUCGUUGUAGACAAUCGACGACGCGAUGAUCUCAUCAAGACGAUACUCAUCAUCGUGUUGAUUAUCGUAUUCCCUCCUGCCGCUAUAGCCGUACAGGCGAAUGAAUGCAACAUCCACGUGGUGGUCAGCCUGUUUUUGAUGUUCUUCUUCAUAAUACCUGCCUAUAUCCAUGCUGUAUGGUACUGCUUCAUCCGAAGAACCCCUGAGCAUGUGAUCGCCUAA